UCACAGAGCUUAAAAAACAACAUGGCUGACAAGGGGAGUUGCAGCUUCUUUCUAACAGUGUAUGUGGCUGUUUUCCUGAUGGUCCAUGCAGACAUCAAGAUAAAUACCCAGGUGGGCCAGCUGUUUGUGUAUGAGCUGCAGAGAGAGAUGUUCGAGAAUGAAUUCUUACCCUUCCUGAAACUCUACGGCCAAGUGUUUGAUGAUCCGAUGGCAUUCAAGUGCAAUAAGCAGUCCUUCCCUGACCUGCCCCGCUGGCUGCGCUUCACCCAGAGGCAUCUGUUUGAUAAUGGAUUCCUGUAUGGCACCCCACUUGAAGAGGACCAAGGCAAGAAUGUCAUUGAGAUCACAGUAAUCAAUAAACACAACUAUGACACCUUCAGGGAGAGGAUGGUGAUAACAGUGGAAACACCAGGGAAGAGGAUGCCCUAUCAAGCUGAAUUUUACCUCCCACAUAGGGAGAUUGAGAAGGUGCUGCCCUCUACAGUACAGGAAGACAUAAAGCGGGACAUCCAGAGGAUGUGGGGGACCGACCGUCUGGACAUUGUCAACAUCACCUCUGCACUGGACAGGGGUGGACGUGUGCCUCUCCCACUGAAGGGACAUUAUGAGGGGGUAUAUGUGAAAGUGGGUACGGACCAGUACUUCUCAGAAUGCCUGCUGAAGCUCCAGACUCCGCAACACCAGCAGGAGUGUGAGGCAGAGGGCAAGAGCUCUGGGGACUGCUCUACAUGUACAGAUCCCAGCAACUGCAUCACAUGGUGCAAGUCCACGCUGAUUGAUCUGUCCAGACCUGUUCUUCCCCCUCCUGCCCCCACCCCAGGCUCCGGCAUCCUGGAGAUAGGCGGGUUCUAUGACCCCCCUGAAUCCCCUCCAAGCCGCGACUACUUCCAGGACUACAUCGGGACGGUGAUAGUCCCGUUCGCUCUUGCAUUCGUCUUGUGCCUCAUCCUGGCCUACAUCAUGUGCUGCCGGCGAGAGGGCGUGAAGAAAAGAGAUGCAAAGACCCCAGACAUUCAGCUGUACCACCAGCGCACAAUCCUCGGCAACACCAAUGAGCUCCGCAGCAUGGCAGCGGGACGCGGAGUUCCCCAGCCUCUGUCCACCCUACCUAUGUUCAACAUCCACACCGGAGAGAGGGUGCCCCCCGUGCAGAGGCCCUUCCACUCGGACAGCUCUCACAUCCCCCUCAUCAUGGCACAGGAGGCUCCGGACACUGAUACAUUACCCAGGUAAAAACCAUCUUGGAGAUUCUUUUGCACCUGAGCCACCGUCAAUGACAAGAAUCAAGAAUGGGCUAGCUUUCUGCAUAAAGAGCAAAGAUUUGCUAUGGACUAAUCUAAUGGUUAAUCCCAUUGAUGGAUUGCCUAAGGAUGGUUUGUUUCUUGUAUUUGUGUAUGCUUUAUUAAAAAAUAACGUUUGUCUCAUUAGU